AUGCCUGUCUCCAAAUCACUCUCCAAGAUAAAGAAGAAUCUGAACUCUAAUGGUAAGAAAACCAUGGUCCACCCCAAGGGCCGUAAAUACCAACAAUUAGCACGUGCUACUUUGAGAGAGGGUAAAGUUGCUGCUAAGAAGAAGGCGCAUAAUGAGCGUAGAUCUAUUGAACUGCAACGUAUUAAGUUUAUUCAAGAUGUUAUCAAUAUGGAUGAGUUUAAAGAUAUGAAGACGUUUGAUAAUGAAAAGAUUAUUAUAUUCAUUGAACAGUUUAUAUCGCGUGAUGAUGUGGAAUUAAAUGGAUUAAAGGCAAAGAGAAGAGCAAAUAGACCACCCACUAAUAAACAACUGAUUUUACAGGGGAAGAGAGAUUUAGAAACACAAGAAUUUGAAAGAGGAUUUCUUUGUCCCGAUUUAACAGAUUUGAAAAAUGUAGAAUUUCUAAGAAGUUGGAAUGGUAGUUUUGGUGCUAUGAGUACAUUAAAAAUGACCAGAAUAAAUACUAAAGGUGAGCAAGUGAUUGGGGGUAACACUAAGACGGCCACAGCUGAUUCUGCAGCGGCUGCUCUAAUCAAUGAUGAGGUUGAUAUGGAAUGA